AUGAAUUGUCCCCAAUGGGAUCAAUUAUUGGAACAUCUUUUGGAAGAAAUUCUCUCAAAUCUUUCUGCAAAAGAUUUAGCAAAAGCUGGAGGUGUGAACAGACAUUGGUAUAUUGUCUCUCGAAAUGAUCGUUUAUGGAAAGGCGUCUUUAAUGAAAAAUAUCCAUUAUGGUUAGAUGAAAAAGUGAAAAUUACGGAUUCCUUUUUUGAUGAAUAUGUUUUUUUCAAAAAUGAUUUGCCAAAAACAAAAGUACAAAUUGUCGAUGAUUUUGAGACUGAACUUUCGGCGGUGGCUUUUUCCUUAACUGGGCGUUAUUUUGGUGUUACUGGAGUAAAUGGGAUGUUCUGGCUUUGUCUUUCUGAUUCGAUGGAGUUUUUCCACGAAAGAGAUCUCAAUGAAUAUCUAAGCUGGCGAACAGCUGAUCGAAUUGAUUUCUCACCGGAUGAGAGCCGAGUACUCGUCAAUGGCAUUAGAAAUGACGGAAAACGGGAAUUCGCAUCGUUUAGCAUAAAUUCUGAAUCCCUUUCUGUUCACUACAUUUGCCGAGUGAUCUGCAGUCCAGAAGAUUUCCGUGGUUGCUGGUUUGACAACCAAUUCGUGAUCAGUGCAGAAUUCUACAAGUUCAAUAUCCCAACCGCAUUUGGCACAUCAAUCUCUCAGUUAUGGUUGUGCAGUGUACCGAAGGAUAAAAGCUCAAUAGCUGAUACGAUUGUUUGCCCAUUUGUUAGAUUUUUAAAUCGUACAGGCUAUGUAAAACAAGUGCUUGUUGCUCAAAAAGUCUCCGCUCGUUUUCGAAGAAUUUUACAGUUAGCAGAGGAAGCGAAAUGGGAGGGAACGUCGUUAGCCGAGAAGCUUUUGGAGUUGAAGACAAGAGCUGAGAUUGGAUGUGAAGAUGGGGAAAAGGAGUUGAAUGCGUUGAAGAGACUUCUCGAUUUGGAGAGUGAUUGCUCUUUAUGCUUCUCACAACACAAUCCAACUCCAUCCACGUCGAAUGGGGAAAUUUGGAUUCAAAAAGAGAUGAGUAUAGACUGCAACUGUGUAUGUCAUCAUCCAGAAGAUCGACUCCUCAUUUAUGUCACUGGUGGCUUGUCGGAGAGAUUAAACUUCAAGAUGAUCACACCAGAAUUCAUUUGGAAAGUCUUGAACUUGAAGAGCAUUGAGGUGGACGAUGAAGAGGAAAAUGACACUGAUGGAAUCGAUUAUGUUUUGAAGCGAGUCCAUCACCCGGAUCACUAUAUCGAAAUGCCGGGCACCAUUCAUGACAUUCAGCUAUCAUCAGAUCAAAAAGUUCUGAUGGUUGCGCUUGAGACGGUUGUUGAAGAUGAUCAGGGCAAUGUGAUUGGAACUCAACUUGAACACCGACAAGUCGAUCUCGGGAAGAUGAUCUUUGAGCCGAAGCACACCUAUGGAAAAACGGGAACACUGGCCGCGUGCACGAGUGAGAAUUUGAUUGUCAGUUCUCACGAGACAGAGGUGACGAUUUGGUCGAGAGAUUAUGGAGGAGAACCAUUGAUACAUCUGCAACAUGAUGAGAAAGUGAGUCGCAUCGCUGUGCAUCCUCGAAACUCGAUGAUUUUGGCUUGUGUACGCAAAGAUUUGCAUGUCUGGACAAUU